CGAGCAAGUAGUAACGCUAACGUUAGAAGUUUUGUCUUUUGUUUAUCCUUUAUGUUUCUUUCACCUGGAAGAAGCGGAGCUCGAGGAACGUGGUAUCGCCGGAACGGGUAGCUGGUGCUCGUGGAUCGGCCAAGGAGUACAGGCCCAGCACCGGUUGCCAAAAAUUCAUUGGUGCGGAUCCAAGUAGUCGAAAGCGUAUUCAGGCAGCCUUCAACGUAAACAAAAAUGGAACUGGGGGAGAGAGAGGCGCAGAUUUGUCGACUUUGCGGCCAGUACGAGAGCAUAUACAUCGAUGUGUUCGGCGAGGAAGGCACCAAGAGGUUUCUGGGUCUGAAGAUCCAUAGGAAAAUCAACAUUCUGAUAAAAGAGAACGAUGGACUGCCGCAGAUUGUUUGUCUACGAUGCAUGGGCUCGUUGGAGUUUCUCUGCGACUUUCACGAACGUUGUCAGAACACUCAGAAGGAACUUCAGAAGGCUGAACAAGAUGCGUCGCAGGAAACCUACCGCGAAGAAAAUGACGAUUCCGAAUCCGAUAAGGAGAACACUUUAUCGUCGACGUACAACACGAAAGUAAAAACAAAAGGUUUAUCACCCGAUGGUUUGAAAUAUAAGAAAAAUGGUCUGACCGUAAACAGUACAUCACACUAUAGAAGUGAGAAUAAAGAUGAGAGUAAUAAUCUUCACCGCGAAGACAAGGAUGACUGUACAAAUAAUGUUCGUCCUAAUGCACAAACGACCGUGGAAAAUCAUUUAGUCUCUAAAACACAGUCAGUUGUGGAUGAUGCAGUUGUCCCCGACCAAAAAGCACAGGAGAAGCAAAGUAACGAUAACAAUGUAAAAUGCAAAAGUCCAGAAUCGAAGAAUGAUAUCCCAAAGAAAACAGCAAUUCGUAACACUAGGUCAGGAUCUUUGAAUAGUUAUCUAAUUUCAACUAAAAAAUCUGAUAGGAAUGAUGGUACGCAUUCGGAGCAACCAAUGCGGCGCAAAAGAGGCAGAAAAAGUAACUUACAAAAGUUAAAAGAAGCUGCCUUAUCGUUGAAUAUAAAAAGAGACUUGCAGGGAGAGCUGGACGAAAUAAGAAGCGAUGGGAAUCGGGGCAAGAGGCGAUGUCUGCAGGCAAUUUCCACGAAUAAUGAGCCGAAUAUAAGUAACAAUACUGUGAUUUUAUCCAAACCCCAAGUUGAACGGGCGGCGAAUAAUAAAGUAGUGAAUAUAUUAUCAAGUAAACUUCAAGACAAAACCAAUGAGACUCCAUCCGAUAGUACCAUAGUAAGGGACAGUUUAAAGAAAUUCAGAACAAAUGAUAAAGGCUCGGAGAUAGAAAAAGAUUUUUCAAGAAACAAGGUGCAGAAUUCGAUAAGAUGUAAAACAAUAUCAGUAACUGUGAAGCAAGAGAAAGUCGAAACUGAAACAUCUCCACAGUCUGUGAAGUCGAAUCCGUUUGUUUGGAUUCCUAGUGACAUGCUCAUACACGGACAAAAGAGUCCAAUGUGUAAUGAGAAUCGAGAAAUUAAACAACAGCUAUCACGUUUGGGUCCUCAACUAGAGGAUGAUACGGGAAAUUCUGGUGUCUCCAGCAGCACUGAAUCAGAACAUUCGAAAUCAACAACGCCCGUACAUCAGAAUCGCGUGACUGUUAUAAAAUCUUCACAGACCAACGGAACUAUCAUUCCAGCUAAAAUCCAGGGAGAAUCUUCAGAAGUAGUUGUUAAACCAGAUGCGGCGCAUAAUAAUAUAAAGAAUGAUUCGAAGUGUAAUGUCUCCGAUUCCUCAUUUACUCGACGAGUUAGUCGAAACACCAGCUUUGAUGGGAGUAAAAGCAGUGAUCGAUCGUUCGGCAAAAUUUCUGAAUUGAUAAGCGACGAGCAGAAAAACACCAUUGAAACUUACUAUACAGUUGACAUGUCAAUUGUUAAUUCAGAAAAAGUACAGAAGAAUUUAACGAUAGUCGACAAGAAGAACAUACGUUGUAACAUCUGUGGUAAUCUUUACUUUAGAAUGGACAAGUGCCAGGUGCAUAUCUGGAGCCAUUUGGAGAUGAAACCAUACCAGUGCAAGGCGUGUGACUUUGCUACAGUCACUGUUAGCAAUGUUCGAUGCCACAUUAGGAAGAGUCACCUGAAGAUAAAACCAUUCGAGUGUAAUCUCUGUGAAAAGAAAUAUGUCACUGCCGUUUUAUUGGACGAACAUAUGAAUACUCACACGGGUGAACGUCCGUUUAAAUGUAAGCUUUGUGAUUUCGCAAGCGCAAGUCGACAGAUGCUAAGUUAUCACAACGAUACUCAUAAACCAGCAAAGGAUAUCAACUGCAAAAUUUGUGGCAAAGAAUUCUUCUCGAGAGGUAGAUUGCGCGCACACAUGAUCAUCCAUAAUAAGGACAAAGUGGUCAUGUGUAAACUGUGCUCUGCUUAUUUAUCGAGUGCGGAAGCAUUGGAAACACAUCACAGAAAUAUGCAUAUGCAAGAUUAUGUAUGUAAUGUUUGUGGCAAACAUGUAAAGUCAAAGAAAGCUUUGUACAAUCAUCAAAGUGUUCAUGCUGCCGCGAAGUAUAAGUGUUCACUGUGUCCAAACGUGUAUAAGAGUAGUCAGAUCUUAAAAGAGCAUCUUUUGAAGCACGAGGGAAUUAGGAAAUACAAAUGUAGCGUUUGUGCGAAGACAUUUGGACAACAGUCUCAUUUAGCUGCUCACAUGGCGGUACAUAGUAAAAUUAGAUUCCAUUGUCCUGGUUGUAACAGGGACUUCAAUCGACACGACAACAUGAAAAUACACACUAAACGGUGUAAACAGUUUCUCGCGAAUCCACAGUUGAAGAAGCUCUUAAUCAAAAAGGAAAGAAGUACAUCAGUCAGCAAAAUAACGGAGUUAAAUGAAGAUAUGGAGAGUAGAGACACGUCGAAUUCCGGGUCAUCUAUCGAGGACCAAACCGAAAAAUCGUCGGCAAACGUUGUAGAUGAUAAAGAAAAGACUGGAAUGAACUUCUGUAAAUUAGGAUUAAAUAUUGCUUGCUUCGAAACUCCGGACAAAACAUGGACCCACGACGAUGUAUAUAAGAAGGGAGGAAAGGUAAUGGGAUCUGCCGAGAUUAAUGUAAUUCAAAUCGCAAAAGUGAACGAUGCAUUAAUCCCGGAGAACGAUAAUCUAACGGUUUUGGAGAAUGUUUUGGGACCAGAAAGUUUCUAGUAGCUUUCACUGAAAGUGUGCAUAUAGUAUACCACUGAACGCAUGUUAUGAAUUUCGCAUUUUUAUAAUGACGAUGUCCAAGAGUACAAAUCGAUAAUACAAAGGGUGUAUGGAACACUGAAAUUUGAAGAGAUCUAUUGUAAUUAUUCAACAAUAAUACAUUAUUAAAGAAUACUUACGUUUGGAAUUACUUUGAAGCGGGGACAAAUACAGGUAAUUUCGGUGAUUUUGUUUUUGGAAAGAAAGGACCAAAUAUAUUGGUCUAAAAUAUUUGCCAGUAUACUUAUUCAUCUUUAACGAAUAUUUACACAAUUUGAUUCUGAAGAAAUCUGUGUCUUAGUGUGGCAUGCCUGCAUGAUAACGCACGAUUACUUAUUUGAUAACACCUUUUCUGUUGGUUUGAAUCAAAGACUUCAAAAUUAUUUGUAAUCUGUAAGACUAUCUUCAUCGCCCAUACCACGAUCAAUAAUAACAAAAUUAGAUAUAAUGAACAGACUAUGUAUAGAAAAACUAAAUUAUUAAUUUUUCUACUUCAAUUUGUUAUGGCAAAGAAAAUGUGACACAUAUUUUUAUAAUUCUGGUACGAGUGAGAAAGGGAUGUAUGUACAACAUGUGUGUAAAAACGUUCUAGCGUUACAGCGAUCCUAUGUUUAUGUUAUAUGGAAAAGGAGAAAAAGAAUCGUCGGCGGUCCGAAUAAUUUAGUAAUCGAAGCAGUCGUCCAGCAAUGAAUUUUUCAUAAAUAUAUCUCAGACCAUGUCGAUUAUUAUCGACAAUAGUGAAUUCAAUUCCAUAGACCGUUUAACUUCGAAGCGGUCUGUCCACAAAGGGUUAGAAGAUGCCUUGAUCGUUUCUCGAUCCGGUACGCGAUCGACCAAUUUCUUUUCCUCUAAUAUUAGGUAGGUCAUUCUAAGAAAAUCGAAUUGCACGAAGAUUGAAGUGCUUAAGAAUUUAUUUUAUAUUUACUACCGCAACUGUGUUACUCGUGCAUCUCGAUUUUCAUUCGAAGAAUCAUUGAGAGGCUUGCCCUUGAUGGAAACUUCGAAUACACUACCAAAGAAAGCGCCAUUUUAUUCUUUAGUUAGCACAGCGAUUUUCGUCAAUAGUUGGAAAUGGCGCGUUUACGCUUAUUUCAAUUGUAAGUGAAGGAAUUAAGACUGAUAUUUCUAUAGAAAUUCGUAACGAGAAGUUCCUAUCUAAAGUAACCCGGCCCCCGAGUGAUUAAUGUAAA